AUGAGGGAGAUUGUGCAUCUUCAGGCCGGCCAGUGCGGCAACCAAAUCGGAGCUAAGUUCUGGGAGGUGAUCAGUGACGAACAUGGCAUCGACCCGUCCGGGACGUACCACGGGGACAGCGACCUGCAGCUGGAGCGGAUCAACGUGUAUUACAACGAGGCAACAGGUGGAAAAUAUGUCCCUCGUGCGGUGCUGGUGGACCUGGAGCCAGGGACCAUGGACUCUGUGAGGUCCGGCCCGUUUGGUCAGAUCUUUAGACCCGACAACUUUGUUUUCGGCCAGAGCGGGGCCGGUAACAACUGGGCCAAGGGCCACUACACGGAGGGAGCGGAGCUGGUGGACUCGGUGCUGGACGUGGUGAGGAAGGAGGCGGAGAGCUGCGACUGCCUGCAGGGCUUCCAGCUCACGCACUCGCUGGGCGGGGGCACGGGCUCCGGCAUGGGCACGCUGCUCAUCAGCAAGAUCAGGGAGGAGUACCCCGACCGCAUCAUGAACACCUUCAGCGUGGUGCCCUCCCCCAAGGUCUGUGUGUGCGUGUGUGUGUAG